AUGAUUGGGAGUGGAAAUAUUACAGACAUCACCCAUUUCAUCCUCUUGGGAUUCUCGGAUUUCCCCAGAAUCAUAGCGGUGCUCUUUGUUGUCUUCCUGUUGAUCUACAUUAUGACUCUGAUGUGGAACCUGAGCCUCAUCACCUUAAUAAGGAUAGAUUCCCACCUCCACACGCCCAUGUACUUCUUCCUCAGUAAUCUGUCCUUCAUGGAUAUUUGCUAUGUGACCUCCACAGUCCCCAAGAUGCUCUCCAACUUCUUCCAGGAGCAGCAAACUAUCACCCUUACAGGUUGUGCUAUUCAGUACUUCGUCUUUUCAACCACGGGACUGAGUGAGUCUUGUCUGAUGACAGCCAUGGCUUAUGACCGAUAUGCUGCCAUUUGUAAUCCACUUCUCUAUUCAUCCAUCAUGUCACCCACCCUCUGUGUUCAGAUGGUGCUGGGGUCCUAUAUGGCUGGACUCUCUGCUUCUAUAUCUCAAUUGUGUGCCAUGUUUCAGCUCCACUUCUGUGGGCCUGAUGUCAUCAACCACUUCUUCUGUGACAUGCCCCAACUGUUAGUCCUGUCCUGCACUGACACUUUCUUUGUACAACUCAUGACUGCUAUAUUAACAAUGAUUUUUGGGAUAAUAAAUGUCUCAAUCAUCAUGGUAUCCUAUGGCUAUAUUGUCAUCUCCAUUAUGAAGAUCACUUUAGCUAAAGGCAGGUCUAAGGCUUUCAACACCUGUGCUUCUCACCUGACCACAGUGACCCUCUUUUAUACCUCAGGUAUGUUUGUCUAUUUAAGUUCCAGCUCUGGCAGUUCCUCCAGCUUUGACAGAUUUGCAUCGGUCUUCUACACUGUGGUGAUUCCCAUGUUGAAUCCCUUGAUUUACAGUCUGAGGAAUAAGGAAAUCAAAGAUGCCUUGAAGAGGUUGCAAAAGAAGAUAAAGUAUUGCUGA